CCUAGCAACUUUGUAAGCUAUAAACCAAAAAUGUCUUCCUGGACUCCCACUUCUCAAAAAAGGCGUCCCAUCGCCAAUUUUAGUCCCAAUAUCUGGGAGUACAAUUUGUUCGCCUCUGCUCCUGCUCUUGUCCUGAAUGAAGAGUUGGAUAUCCAACAACAACUACAACAUUUGAAGAACCAAGUUCGAAAGUUGAUACUAAAUCGAGUUGAGGAUCCUACAGAGAAGUUAAACUUGAUCGACAAUAUUAAACGUCUAGGUGUGUCAUGUCAUUUUGAAAAUGAGAUUAGAGAGAUAAUAGAGAAUAUGCAUGAGAACCAUCCUCCUUUUGAGGGCAAAGAUCUUCACACCAUUUCCCUCUGGUUUCGCUUGCUUAGGCAAGAAGGUUAUCAUGUGUCAUCUGAUGUAUUUGAUCAAUUUAGAGAUGAAAAUGGUGAUUUUAAGAAGUCAUUGAUUGAAGAUGUGAUUGGAAUGUUGAGCUUAUACGAGGCUGCACAUUUUGCCAUCCAAGGAGAAGAUGUUCUUGACAAAGCUAUACACUUUACUACUUAUCAUUUGACAUUAAGGCUAAGCAACUUGAACCCAACUCUUGAACGAAAAGUAAAUCAUGCAUUGAACUACUCUAUUCGUAGAGGCAUACCUAGAUUGGAGUCCAAAUAUUACAUUCCUAUGUAUUCAUUAGAGGCUUCUCAAAAUGAUCCUUUGUUAGAAUUAGCCAUUGUUGACUUUAAUGUUAACAAGCUUAACUUGUAUUUGUAUUACAGGUGGUGGAAAAUGUUAGAUUUUAUGAUGAAGGUACCUUAUGCUAGGGACCGAGUUGUUGAAGGCUAUUUUUGGAUAUUAGGUGUAUAUUUUGAGCCUCAAUAUAUGCUUGGAAGGACAAUUACGACCAAAUUAGCUGCAACAAUUUCAGUGAUUGAUGAUACAUAUGAUGCAUAUGGCACAAUUGAAGAACUUGAACUAUUCACGCAAGCAAUUGACAAGUUAAAUAAUUCUAAGAAUGAUAUUUGUUCAAUAAAUUUAAUUUGUAGGUUUAGCUUAGCUAAUAAUGUCUUCAUUAUAUUCAUAGUUUCAACAACUUGCAAAGCUUAUCUGGUUGAAGCCAAGUGGUGCAACGAAGGUUACAUCCCAACAUAUGAAGAGUACAUGGAAAAUGGAAUUGUGUCAUGUGGUUAUCCUUUGCUCAUGACAUCUUGCCUACUUGGCCUCAGGAACUCGGCCACCAAAGAUGUGUUUGAUUGGAUUAUCCAAGUUCCCAAAAUGGUAAGACCAUCAUCUAUUAUCACUAGAGUGAUAAAUGACAUGGGUUCUCACAAGUUUGAGAAAAAAAGAUUACAUGUUGCCUCAAUAAUAGAAUGUUCGAUGAAUCAACAUGGGAUUUCCGAGCUAGAGACCUAUGAACUGUUGCAAAAAGAAUUAGAAGAUGCGUGGAAAGAUAUUAAUGAAGAAUACUUGAAGGAAAUAUUUGUUCCAAAAGUUGUGCUUCAAUGUGUUGUGAAUUUCACAAGUAUUGUAGAGUUGGUGUAUGGAAACUUUUCAACAAGUAUACAAAUGCAGAGUUAUUAAAAGAUCAUAUUGCAGCACUAGUGGUGGAUACUGUUGGCAAUUAGCAACACAAGUUAAUGCUUCGAACAUAUGCAACAGCUUUCAAAUACUAAAGUCUAUAUGCAAUGGAUCAACUAGUGGAAAAGAUUGUGUGGCGUGUGUAUGUAUUGAUAUAGGAGUGAAUCAUAUUAAUGUUGUUUUAGAUUGUUUGGUUCUUUUUACUUUCUUAGAUUGUAUAACAAUUAUGCUUGUGUAUGCAUGAUUGCAAGUAUAGAAGAAGUACUGUUCAUGUUCUAUAACACAUGGAAGGGGUUUUUAUUGAUAGUUAAUGAACUGUUGGUUGUGGAAA